AUGAAUAAUACUAACUUAUCGCCAACAUAUAAUACGUCAGCUCGACGUAUUUAUCAACGUCGAAAUCGAAAAAAUCGAACAACUACCGUAUCUUCACGAGCUUAUUUCCCUUUAACAACAACAAUUGUAAUAAGAAACACUACAUUAUUAAUAAAUUCAUCAUCAGUUCCUAUUAAUGAUUUAUUUGCUCCAUUAUCUUAUCUUCUACAACAUAAAUACAUUUUUCUAAUUGGUCUAUCUCUUUUAAUAGCCUUAUGUCUAAUAUCAAUAUUAUUUCUUAUUUUUAUAUUAAAAUGUACAAAAGGUUGGAAAAUCCGACGACAAAACCGUAAACAUAAAAAAAUUUUAAAAACUAUUCCUGAUUUUAUUGUUGAUCAACAUGACACUAAAGAUGAAAAUGCUAUUUUACUUGAACCAAAUGGUGGAAUUAAUUCUUUAACAAAUAAUUCUAUAAUAACAAAUGGAAUACUUCCAAAAGAUAAUAUUAGUAAUACAUUUUCACUUGGUUCAAUGCUUGAACAAAAAAUUAUUAAAAAUAAUUCACCUAAUGCAAUACCAUUAUUACCAAUGGCUGAUGAUGCAUCAAUUGAUACAUUACGUGGUUCAUUGAUUUCAUCACCAUCACAACAAAUAUCAGUUAAUCAACUAUCAUCAACUCCAACAUAUGCAACAACAACAGAUUCAGCUAUAAAUUCUGAUGAUCGAGCUCUUGAAGCUGAAAAAGAUGAUGAUUUACAUGAUUUAGAUUUAAAACGUAUUAUGCCACGUUAUACAAAAGCAACAAAUAACAGUAGUAGUAAUAUAUUAGCACAUCGUUCAUCAGGUUCAUCAUUAGAACAAAGUAUUCGACGACAAGAACGACGUGCUGAAGAAGAAGAACGUGGUCUUUUACAUGGUUCUAAUUCAAAUUUAUAUGAAAAAGAAUUAAGACGAAUAGCUGAACAAGAAAAAUUUGCUAGAAAAGAACAUACAAAUUCUCAAGUGUCACUUGCUUCAAGGACUAGUGAAGAUAGUUGCUAUUAA